UUUAUUUUGUAGAUGAAAUACGUUCUUCUGUUGCUCGUGAUGGUAGCCAUUACCGUCGACUAUCAGGCAGAAGCGUGGCGGGGGAGGAGGUUCUGGCGGAGAGCAAAGCGAAUUUAUCGAUACUAUCGUACAUACAAGUUAAUAGCGGGGGUCGUGGGCCGCAAGCGAGAUCUCUUCGAGUUUGACAAAAACGAGGACGGAUUUUUGGACCAAUCAGAGCUGGAAGAUGUCCUGAACACGCGGGAAGCACGUGAUGUUUUGGAAAUGGCCGACGAAGACGGAAACUCCAAGGUAUCGAUGGAGGAGUUUCAAAAGAUGUUAACAGAGAUGAGUAAACUGGAAUAAAGAGAGAGAGAGAGAGCAAGACGAGCUGGUUCCAGUGGCGUGUUAAAGAUGGACCAUCUGUUUAGACAGAAAUAAAAUGUGUAAUAACAAAAACGCAA